AUGGAGACGCUGGCCAGCGCCAUGCGGCGCGAGAACCGCCGGUCCAAGGCCCCGUCCUCCUCCUCCGUCGCCACCGCCCUCGCCUCGGGCAGGGUCCCUCUCGUCAUGGCCUUCCUCUCCUGCCUCGCCUGGCUCUACGUCGCCGGCCGGUUGUGGCAGGACGCGCAGACCCGGGCGAUCCUGUCAGGAUUCCUCGAGAAGAGCUCUGGCAGCGUCCCGAAGGUGCUCUCGGUGGAGGACAAGCUUAGGAACCUCGGAUGCAAGGCGAUUGGAAGCAAAAUUGUUGAGGCGGAGAUGGACCUGACCAAGGCCAAGAGCGAGGGGUACCUGUGGGGGAACAGGACUGCAGCUGUGGACUCUGACAAGAAGAAGCAGCUUCUUGCCGUCAUUGGAGUUUACACUGGGUUUGGAUCCCGUCUCAAGAGGAACGUCUUCCGUGGCUCCUGGAUGCCCAGAGGUGAUGCUCUGAAGAAGCUUGAGGAAAAGGGUGUAGUUAUUCGUUUUGUUAUUGGUCGGAGUGCAAAUCGAGGUGAUAGCUUGGACCGUAAUAUUGACGAUGAAAAUCGGCAGACAAAGGACUUCUUGAUUCUUGAAAGUCACGAAGAGGCUGCAGAAGAAUUACCGAGCAAAGCAAAGUUUUUCUUCAGUGCCGCAGUUGAAACCUGGGAUGCAGAAUUCUAUGUGAAAGUUGAGGAUAACAUUAAUCUUGACUUAGCUGGGUUAAUUGAGAUGCUCGAAGGCCGUCGAGGUAGCCAAGGAUUGUAUAUGGGUUGUAUGAAAUCAGGGGUUGUCAUAAGUGAAGAGGGCCAACAAUGGUAUGAACCUGACUGGUGGAAAUUUGGAGAUUCAAAAACGUAUUUUCGACAUGCUUCUGGUUCUUUGUUUAUCCUCUCAAAAAAUUUGGCACGCUACAUCAACAUAAAUAGUGCAUCACUGCAGAGUUAUGCACACGACGACAUAUCAGUAGGUUCAUGGAUGAUGGGACUGAAUGCAACUUACGUGGACGAUGACCGGUUGUGCUGCAGCAGUUCCAAAG